CCGCCGCCGGCUGAGGGAGGCAGGGAGCGGAGCCGCCGAGGGCCGGGGCCUUGGACGCGUCCGGAGGAGGAAGAGGAAGGGGGGGAGCCGGCCCCUCUCGGAGCACGCAGCCCGCAUCCGCUUGUGGAAGGGAAGAGGGAAGCGGAGGGGGGGGAGCGAGCGAGCGAGCGGGUAUCGCCGCCGAGGAGACAAAGAAGCGGAGCCCGCCCGGGCUGGGAGCCUCCCCGCGCCGCUCCGCUCCGCCCCGCCCCGCUCCCACCGGCCGGGCCGAGAUAGUUGUGUACGUAACUUCAUUGGAGAGUCCUGCCUUUCACUGCCUGGAUCCUUUUAACAGUGUGCCAAAGAAGGACUCCAUGAAAGAUGACAGAAGAAGUUAUUGUUAUUGCAAAGUGGGAUUACACUGCACAGCAGGACCAAGAACUUGACAUCAAGAAAAAUGAGCGUCUUUGGCUAUUAGAUGAUUCCAAGACAUGGUGGAGGGUAAGAAACGCGGCCAACAAAACGGGAUAUGUGCCAUCAAAUUAUGUGGAGCGAAAAAACAGCUUGAAGAAAGGUUCUCUGGUUAAAAAUCUAAAAGACACGUUGGGCUUAGGAAAAACCAAAAGAAAGACGAGCGCGCGAGACGCCUCGCCCACUCCCAGCACAGAUGCAGAGUACCCUUCCAAUGGCAGCAGCGCAGACCGCAUCUAUGACCUCAACAUUCCUGCCUACGUCAAAUUUGCCUAUGUGGCAGAGAGAGAGGAUGAACUGUCCCUUGUCAAAGGGUCUCGGGUCAUUGUCAUGGAGAAAUGCAGCGAUGGCUGGUGGAGAGGGAGCUACAAUGGACAGAUUGGCUGGUUUCCUUCGAACUAUGUGGUGGAGGAAGUUGAGGAGGCCACAGCAGAUUCACCGAGCUUUCUGAGCUUGAGGAAAGGCGCUUCCAUGAGUAACGGCCAGGGCACCAAAGUACUCCACGUUGUUCAGACACUGUACCCAUUCAGCUCCGUCACAGAAGAAGAGCUCAAUUUUGAAAAGGGGGAAACAAUGGAAGUCAUUGAAAAGCCAGAAAAUGACCCAGAAUGGUGGAAAUGUAAAAAUUCCAGAGGGCAAAUUGGUCUUGUUCCUAAAAACUAUGUAGUAAUCAUUAGCGAUGGUCCUACCAUUAACACUUCCCACCCACCUCAGAUAAGCUACACGGGACCAUCUUCUACCGGACGAUUUGCUGGAAGAGAGUGGUAUUAUGGGAAUGUUACCCGACAUCAAGCAGAAUGUGCCCUAAACGAAAGGGGAGUGGAAGGAGACUUCCUUGUUAGAGAUAGUGAAUCUUCGCCCAGUGACUUCUCGGUAUCUCUAAAGGCAUCGGGGAAGAACAAACAUUUCAAGGUGCAGCUCGUGGACAAUGUCUAUUGUAUUGGGCAGCGUCGCUUUAAUACUAUGGAUGAGUUGGUGGAACACUACAAAAAGGCUCCCAUCUUCACCAGUGAACACGGGGAAAAGCUAUAUCUUGUGAAAGCACUUCAGUGACGAUGAAGAUGGACUUGGCCACGCAGGCCUCUUCUAACUUCCAAGCCUUAGGUCCCAAAAUCACUUUUAUAGAGCAGAGCAAUAUCCGAAACAGGCUUAAAGAGUAGGCUCUUUCUAACGUGUUUGCUCUGUUGGUUGUUAUUUGUCCUUUUUCGUUUGCCUACUUUUGUGUUUCAGUUCUUUUAAUCUCAGAUCACCUCCCUUCAGGUUGAGAAGUUCACCUUUGUGGCCAUUGUAAGCACUCACUUCCAUGUCCGAGUUCUAAACUCCCCUCUUCUGUGUACGUUUACAUACUUAGCUCGGAUAAAGGAGGGGGGUUUGCAAUUCAACCCAGUGUUAACCUGUUCAAAUUGCUCACGCAGACAGACAGAACUCUUCAUUAAGAGACAUCGGGCACAGUUUGAAUGCACUGAGGCUGCAGCUAAGUAAGUGAGAUAUAGUAGACAUAACAGUUGUGGCUGUGAGUUCUGUAGCUAUAUUGCUUACCAGGUAGUAUAUUACAAAAACUCCUAGUUCCUAGAAGCACUCUUUACACUGUACUCUGCUAUUACAUUGCCUCUCUGACUCUUUGCAAAGAGUACACUAAUUAAAGCGUUUUGUAAUAGUACUUCUUAAACUACUAUGGUAAGAUUGUAGUAAAAGAAAACUAUCUAGUGUAUUUUGGUCUGUAAUUGCAACAAAGAGAAAUUUUAUUUGAAAGUUGAUUACUAAAGAGAGAAUCGUUGAAUUGUAAAGACUGAAUGUUCUGGUAAUCUACAACCAAAUGUGCCAUCCACAUAAUGCUUUUCUCCUCUUGCCCUUCUGCUUGUUUGAAUUAAACAAUUAUGUAUUUAAUUCUCAAAGUAAUAUGUAUCUGUAGCUGAUUGUUGACACUAAUACAGAAGAUUAAUAAAAACUGAUCAGGGGACAGGGUGGGGUGGGCUACCAACACUAUAUAUAUAUUUGCUUUACAGAAAGGAAUCUUCAGGUUUUACAGAGGAUGGUGUGAUUGGUAGGAAGAGACACGCAGAAUGUUUAUGAAGAAAAUGCUUUUUUUUUUUCUCUUUUCUUUACAUUUAAACUCCUUUAUGGUUUAAAUACGCAGACUUUAGAUGGCACACUCCUGAGAUUGAAGAAGGGAUCUUGAGAUCUCAAAAUCUUGCAUACUCAGUUUUUUGGAUAUUGUAAUAAAAAAGGUAUUAUGUCAUGAUGGAGUACUGGGUUUAUCCUUGGGUGGUAGUCCUGGUGUGGCUUUAGAAAGGUCUAAUAGAGUAAAUUCUGAAUUUGUCUGACUUUGAAUGUGUGUGGCCUACAAAGAAAACAUUUGCAACUGCAGAGUUCAGUUUGAUAUGAGGCACUGUGUAAUGAGCUCCACCGUUGGUUCUCUCUGUGAUUUGUUUAUAGCUUUAAUGAAAACUGCAAGAUGGAGCUCUCUUACCGUACCUUUUCGCUAUUCAGUCUUCCUUACAGAUUUUGUAUUUCAGAGUAGUAGGCAGAGCAGGCAGCAGCUGAGGGCUGCUCUGAAAGUAAUGCCUCCUAUUUAUUAUUAUAAUGUCAGAGAUGAGUGUCGGUGGGAUGGCAGGAGAGGCUGAACCUUCCCACCGGUAUCCUGUAACAUGUUGUUGCUGUGUGACAGGUGGCAGCAAAGGAACACUCCGACACAAUGGUGUUUGACAUGAAAGUAUGUGUGAAACAAAGGUGUCUCAUUGAAUUCUUCCGUGCAGAAAAAAAUGGCAUCCAUUGACAUUUAUCAGCUUUUGCUGGAACUUUAUGGAGACCAGACAGUGGAUGUGAGCACAGAGAGGCGGUGGAUGGUGCGUUUCAGCAGUGGUGACAACGACAUCAAAGACAAGCCAUGUUCUGGAUGGCCAUGCAGAUUUUUGUGACUGUGGCGUGCAGGUGCUUGUUCAUCACUGGCAAAAAUGCUUAGCUGGUGGUGAUGACUCUGUUGAAAAAGUGUUUUGUAGCUGAGAAUUUGUUCUGUCAAAUAGUGCUAUUGUGCUCUUUGUAUCUGUUGUAGUUUCUAUGGAAGUAAAUCGAGGCAUUACUUUCAGAGCAACUAACAUGCAACUUGAUGAGUUAUACACGCGUUAUUCACCCACCGCUCUUCCUAUUUCUGUGAGAUUACCUGGAUUACAGCUGUGUAUGAAUUAGCAGCUGUUUUUUUCUGUAUGCGGGUAAACAAAAAUUGGGCGCUGAAAAUUCUGCAUGGUCCAGCCUCAUGAACAAAAGUAGUGAUUUAGGGCAGACCAGAACAAUCACUCUUCAUCCUGGCAAGAACAUACCCAUGGCUAGGUUCUGGAAGCAGGAAAGUUUUCGUUACAGAGUUGCUGAGAAGUGCCCCUUGUUUACAGUCGUCUUGCCAGGACAUCAUAGUUGGUUUCUUCUUAACCUUUGAAGUGAGUUCUGCAGAGACCAUAGGUUUUUUGCUGUCUAAUAUCUAAUUCUUUAUUUAGCUAAAUGUAAGCAUGUACCUUGAGUAUGGCAAAGAUGUUAAGAACUUCAGUAAACUAACAACCACGGUUACUCUUUCAUGCUCCGUGUUCAGUUUUCUGACACAUUCACUGUUUUUCUUGUUCCGUGAGUCUUCCUUUGCCUCUUGUGUGUUUUCUAUUUUGCUUUUUUUUUUUUUCCACUAAAAGUUUCUAACUCCUUUUCUAGUCUUGAUAGGUUAGAACUAAAUCAAAUAUACUUCCAAGUGAAAUUUUUUACCAUAUGCUUGAUAUUUUAAGGGGUUUACAGUCCUUUUUUUUUCUUCCACUUCUUGCCUUGUGAGCAGCUUCUUAAUAUUGAGGCGCCAACCAUUGAAGUAUUUUGUUUGGAAGCAGUUAGUUAAUUUAUGACCCAGCAGUAUGAACAACUAGCUUGACUUUUUUUUUUUCUUUUUUUAAACAAGCUUCAUCUUGUUUUUGCUCACUGUGUAUUUAAUCAACAUGCAGUCUAUUCAGCAGGCUCAUUAAUAGAUCUUCAGUUGUUCCCAGACUUUACUAAUUAAGAUAGGUUUCUGCGAGUUUUACUGCCUUUUUGACCUCAUUUUCUGGACUGGGCCUUAAGCAUUAAAAGUCUUCAGUGAUAACAGUUUAAUAAAGGACAGUAUUACAUGGA